AUGGAUACAAUGAACGAUAGUUAUCUUUCGCUGUCCGCUGUUGCGGAUUUCAUCAAUGCGUACGAGGAUAAACCAACUGCUGAGAAUGCUAAGAUCAUGGUGAGCGGGCUCCUCACUUACGCCUUCGAUUCAAAUGAUGGCUGGGUUCUCAAGUGGCAAGAGGACGAGGAAAAUAACCACUCGAACUGUUUCGUCGUGAGAGCUACUGGUGAAGACAGAGCCCUGCACACUAUCGUGAAGGUUAUCCUCGACGUAUCUACUCCAAUCCAGGACGACUGGGACCGGCAAGUUCCCCGUCUGCUCAGUGCUCCAAUUCCAAACGAACGAUGCUGGGCCCUCCUCAUCCAUGGCUUCAGAGUCCGCCUUUACGAAUAUCACCGAGACCAGCAGCCCGGCUACCGUCUGGUCCCCUGUGACUUUACGAUCAAGGACAAGUUGAAGCAGUCAAUUCACAUUCGAAAACACGCCGACGCUAUCAACAACAUUUUUAUAAGCAUCCCUGAUCAGGUCCCGCAACCAUUUGAUGACGGUGGAUAUGGUAGCCCGGGUGCCAAUGACUCCUCUAUCGACAUGACUGAUGGGUCGAAAUCUUCCCCUGAUGAUACUCUUGUCACCGCCUCUGCCUCUGCCGCGCCUGUCGGGCCUUCCUCUAAGGACACUCCCGUUGAGGCCACCGAGGGUAAGACACCUACGGAAACCGAUUCUGUCCCUGAGCGUGAGGCCGCUGCCCAUGAUAAGACAGAAGUUCAACUCCACACUACUACUUCUCACACCAAGCAUACUACUGUGGCCAAUGGAACUCGGGCCAAGAUGAAUACUCAAGCCAAGGCUGCACUUCUAGCUAAGGUUGCUGCUGGGGCCAAGUGUGCUACCCAGACCAAGACCACCCCUCAAGCCAAGGCUGCUUUUCUAGCAAAGGGCAUUUCUGGGAUCAAGCUCACUCCUAAGGUUAAGCCUACACCGGGAGUUGAGAUUACGGGACAAAAAGCCACAGACCAGUAG